GUGAAUCUCAUUACAACAAUUAUCCUAAUUACCAUAAUCCUCUCAAUAGUUCUGGCCAUCGUUGCUUUCUGACUACCUCAAAUAAACCCAGAUGCUGAAAAACUCUCGCCAUAUGAAUGCGGAUUUGACCCCCUCGGGUCAGCCCGACUGCCAUUUUCUCUUCGAUUUUUCCUGGUCGCAAUUCUCUUUCUUUUAUUUGACCUAGAAAUUGCCUUACUCCUCCCCCUUCCCUGAGGAAACCAGCUGCUUCUCCCAUCAACCACCUUCUUCUGAGCCGCAGCAGUCUUAAUCCUUCUUACUCUCGGCCUUAUUUAUGAGUGAACCCAAGGGGGCCUAGAAUGAGCAGAAU